AUGCAAGAGUUAUUAGGAGCCUUAAUGAAGUACAAUCUGGUCAGCCUGCAUCUGAGGGCCUCCUACACCUACCUCUCUGGGCUUUAUUUCAACCUGGACAACGUGGCUCUGGAGGGCAUGGGCCACUUCUUCCGCAAGUUGGCCAAGGAGAAGCAAGAGGGUACGGAGCGGCUCUUGAAGAUGCAAAGCCAGUGUGCGAGCGAGGAGCGGGCUGGCAGCUACUCAGCAGAAGGAGGUGAACUUCUUCCCCGUCGCUCGCCUCGCCGGCUCCCGGAGCAGCAGCAUCGCAAGGAUGUGAAUAGGCAGAGCGACCGUGACCAAGAAGGCAGCCACCCAAAGGCAGGGAGGAGCGUGGGGCUUCGUCCGGGCUUCACUCCGUCGCAACAUUUAAUCCACAGUCCGGUGUCGGUUGCAACUUUUCAAGGUCAGCCACCGGGAGCGGAGAGCCCCUCUCGGAACCUUGGGGACGCGCAGCGCUCGGCUUGGAUUUGGCUGAGAAAUGCACCGGACGCCGGACGAGGCAGGAUCGUAGCGCCGGAGGGUGGUGACCCCCAAAGCCCACCCCCCAAGCUCCCGGUCAGCUCCCGUCCCCCGCUCGCCGGGCGGGGGCUCCUGCUCCAGCUCCAGCUCCUGCUCCUGCUCCUGCUCAAGGUGUCUGCCUCUGCUGCUCGCGGGUCCGCCCCUGCGCCCAGGAACGAAACUUGUCUGGGGGAAAGCUGCUCCCCUGCAUGGAACCAGCGUCGCCGCCGGGACGCCUGGGGACCGGGUGCGUCGGCGGCGGAGCCCUCGGGACCUCCAGCCAGACCACCUGGCGCCUGGAGGUGGAGAGGUGCCGGGGAUCCGGAGCCCCCUGGACCUUUGGGGAGAGGGAACCCCGCUGGUCUCCAGCUCUUCCUUCAGACCUCGGAGGAAAAGGAGGAGGGUCCUAGAGGGGCUGGCAUUUUCGGGCGCAGCCAGGAGCCCGGUGUGAGGACGGAGCCCGGCGCCAGCGACCUUUAUUACUGGCCGAGGAGAGCCGGGAGACACCAGGGUUCCCACCGCGACUCCCCCGCCAAGACGGGCAAUGGACCACUGGGGCACGAAGGGCGGAUGAUUGCACCCCCCGGAAGGGCGCUGGCUCAGAAUGGGUCCUCGGGGGAAGGGGUCCACGAAGGCGAGGAUCCCCGCCCGCGAAACAGCACAAACCGGCGCUUGCGACUGAAGAACCCUUUCUACCCGCUGACCCAGGAGUCGUACGGAGCCUACGCGGUCAUGUGUUUGUCGGUGGUGAUCUUCGGGACCGGCAUCAUUGGCAACCUGGCGGUGAUGUGCAUUGUGUGUCAUAACUACUACAUGCGGAGCAUCUCCAACUCCCUCUUGGCCAACCUGGCCUUCUGGGACUUCCUCAUCAUCUUCUUCUGCCUCCCACUCGUCAUCUUUCACGAGCUGACGAAGAAGUGGCUGCUGGAAGAUUUCUCCUGCAAGAUUGUGCCCUACAUCGAGGUUGCUUCGCUGGGAGUCACGACCUUCACCUUAUGUGCUCUGUGUAUAGACCGCUUCCGGGCGGCCACCAACGUGCAGAUGUACUAUGAGAUGAUCGAGAACUGUUCUUCCACCACCGCCAAGCUGGCUGUCAUAUGGGUGGGCGCGCUCCUGUUAGCGCUUCCCGAGGUGGUCCUUCGCCAGCUGAGCAAGGAGGACGUGGGCUUCAGCGGCCGCGCCCCGGCGGAACGCUGUGUCAUCAAGAUCUCCCCCGACCUGCCCGACACCAUCUACGUCUUAGCCCUCACCUACGACGGCGCGAGGCUCUGGUGGUACUUCGGCUGCUACUUCUGUUUGCCCACGCUGUUCACCAUCACCUGCUCCUUGGUGACGGCGCGGAAAAUCCGCCAGGCGGAGAAAGCCUGCACGCGCGGGAACAAGCGGCAGAUCCAGCUCGAGAGCCAGAUGAACUGCACGGUGGUGGCUCUGACCAUCUUGUACGGCUUCUGCAUCAUCCCCGAGAACAUCUACAACAUCGUGACCGCCUACAUGGCGACCGGGGUUUCCCAGCAGACCAUGGACCUGCUGCACAUCAUCAGCCAGUUCCUGCUGUUCUUCAAGUCCUGCGUCACCCCGGUCAUCCUCUUCUGCCUGUGCAGACCCUUCAGCCGGGCCUUCCUGGAGUGCUGCUGCUGCUGCUGCGAGGAGUGCGCCCACAAGUCCUCCGCCGCCGCCAGCGACGACAACGACAACGAGUACACCACCGAGCUGGAGCUGUCCCCGUUCAGCACCAUCCGCCGCGAGAUGUCCACCUUCGCUUCUGUCGGAACUCACUGCUGAAGGACGCUGGGUCUGGUCUGAUUUUUAUUUUAUUUUUUAUUUUCCUACCCUGGGAAAGUUUUUACUUCCUAUUUUUUUCCUGACCGGGAAAGAAAUGCAGACAAAAAGAGAGAGAACUAUUAACUACUGUAGAACUGAUUUUGCAAAUUAAUAUUUGUGCUUGGAAAAGAAAAAAGGUUUAUAUUUAGUUAUUGAAGAAGUCCGAGGAGGCCAAUAGUUUUAGAUAAUUUUAUCUGGUAUGGUGCUAAUAUUUUCUUGAAAAAAAAAAAGUUCUCGCACCCUAAUGAAUUGCUAAUUUUCUUUCUUUUCAAAAUAUAAUCGCUGUAUGUUGAUGAUAGCCAUGUGCUUUUGUAGGUUAUAUUAUGUUUGAGUUGUAAUUGAAAGUAUAUUGUAUAUAUAUCAUGAGAUGAUUUGUAGAUAAGAGACAUUCACAAAGUAGCACCAAAUAAAUGACACUUUAUUCUUUAA